AUGGAGGACGCCGGCGGCCUGAUCGGCCCCAGCCUCGCAGUGCUGCGGCUGAUGGGGCUGUGGAGGCCGGCCGCGGCUUCUGGGGGAGCCUGCGGUGGGGCGGCCGCCUCCCUGCCGGGAGCCAUCAGCUGCGUGGCCAUCGGCCUGCUCUCCCUCUGCUGCGCCUCCAAGCUCUUCAUAGACACGCCCACCGAGCUGACGGAGCUCACCGUCUGUGCCUACUUGUUCGUCAUAAUAACCGCUAACUUUGUCAAGGUCAUGAUCGUGGUGUCCUCGAUCGCCUGGCUCUUCGUGACGGUGCCGUUCCGCGUGUUUACGGCUGGAUCAACGAACAUCGACUGGCCAACGCCGAUCCCCAUCUGGCUGCCCAUCGACAUGCAGCUCUCCCCGACCUACGAACUCAUCUACCUGGGCCAGGUGCUUUGCGCCGUGGCAACGGCGGGGGCGAUGCUGGGCGUCGACACGCUCUUCUUCCACCUCACGCUGAUGAUUGUCGCCGAGCUGCAGGUCCUCAACGACAAUAUUUCUAUGGUUGGGAGGGUCGCGUCACCCGACGAGAAGGAAGUCUUUUUCAGGGUUAAGGACGCAGGGGAGCAACAGCAAAACUUUUCUGACGUCAUCAACAACGGACAGAAUGAAGGCGGAGUUUCUCUGUCGAACCCCCAAGCAACAAUCACGGAGAAGAACUAUUCCGAUUUAAUUGAAAUUAUACAGCACCAUCAAAUUAUAAUCAAGAUGGUCGGCCUGCUGCAGACAAUUAUGGACUAUUCAGUAUCGGUACUGCUUCUCACCAACGUGCUGGAUGUGUGCUUCUUAAUAUUCACCAUGUCCGAGCUGUUACAUAAUGAGAAGAGCUUACACGCCGUGCUGCAGACCAUACUUUCCCUCCCUUGUCUUUUGUGCGAAUCCGGAGCCUUCUGCAUGUUUGGGCAGAUGAUAAUAGAUCAGAGCGAGAACUUGGUCCAUGCGGGCUUCAGCUGUGAGUGGUUGCACGCAGACAUCUGCUUCAGGAAGCCGCUCCUCAAGUUCAUGCUGAUGGCGUCACACCCGCUGCAGAUCAAACUGGGCGGCACUGCCAAGCUGUCAAGGUCAACAUUCCUACAGGCUCUUAAUGGUUCAUACACGCUUAUAAAUUUGUUGUAUCAUUCUCGUCGUCCUGAGGGAUAA